UUUCGUGUGAGCACGGGAGUAGACAGCUUAGCAGCGGCGGAGGGAGUCUAUGCGUGCUGGACCGCAGUGUGAGGUGUGUGAGGCUAGUAUUAGCCGAAGACCCUCGGGCGCAAUCGCAGGGAAGCUAGGACUCGGCGACCCUGCGAGGCUUCAGAGGCACAAACUGAUGGGACUAGCUCGCUCAGCCGCAUCUCCUCUCUCUUUUAAGUGCACUGACCGGGGCCCGCGUUGAAGUAGAAGCUGUCGGGGGGCGCGGAGCCCGGAGUCCCAGUGUGGCCUGGAGGAACGGAACUUGUGUCAGGGCGAGCCAGGUGGGAGCUCCCGAACUGCGCUCCGGUUGUAAGGAGAAGCCCACAUCUUCCGAGGGGUGCCGAUCCCGGGACAGUCGAGGCGUCGGGGCGGCCACCGAAUCCCCAGCGGGGAGACCCUGUAGGGGAAAGGGUACGCAGUCCCAAACAAUCUCGGAAAGCAGAGCGGAAUCAGGCGGGUGCACCCGGGGGCGCCGAGCCCCUGUCGCGUCUGGUGCGGCGGAGAGGUCUGGGGAACGAGCCCUCGGAGGCCCCAGCCUGUGCCCAGGUUGGGGGCGACUGCCCAGUGAGUCCUCCUGGCCGGCCGGGAGAAGAAGAGCGGCACCGAAGCCUGCGGGAGGGGAGCACUUCAAGGCCGGUGGCCGGGGAGGAUGGGAGCCUGAGCGUUUCAGAGCGCAGCGCGGCACGGCGGCAAGACGAGGCCAGCUUUGCUGAGGAGGCGCCAGGAGAUCCGGAACUGCAGCCUGCCCCCCGGGAAGAUGGCCCGGCCCGGGCAGCGUUGGCUCGGAAAGUGGCUUGUGGCGAUGGUCGUGUUGGCGCUGUGCCGGCUUGCCACGCCACUGGCCAAGAACCUGGAGCCUGUGUCCUGGAGUUCCCUCAACCCCAAGUUCCUGAGUGGGAAGGGCCUGGUGAUCUACCCAAAGAUUGGAGACAAGCUGGACAUCAUCUGUCCCCGAGCAGAAGCAGGGCGGCCCUACGAGUACUACAAGCUGUACCUGGUUCGGCCUGAGCAGGCAGCUGCCUGCAGCACUGUGCUCGACCCCAAUGUGCUGGUCACCUGCAACCGGCCAGAGCAGGAAAUCCGCUUCACCAUCAAGUUCCAGGAGUUCAGCCCCAACUACAUGGGCCUGGAGUUCAAGAAGCACCAUGAUUAUUACAUUACCUCUACAUCCAAUGGGAGCCUGGAGGGACUGGAAAACCGGGAGGGAGGUGUGUGCCGCACACGCACCAUGAAGAUCAUCAUGAAGGUCGGGCAAGACCCCAAUGCUGUGACACCUGAGCAGUUGACUACUAGCCCACCCAACAAGGAGGCUGACAACACUAUCAAGAUGGCCACGCAGGCCCCCGGUAGUCGGGGCUCCCUGGGUGAUUCUGACGGCAAGCAUGAGACUGUGAACCAGGAAGACAAGAGUGGCCCAGGUGGGAGUGGAGGCAGCAGCGGGGACUCUGAUAGCUUCUUCAACUCCAAGGUGGCAUUGUUUGCAGCUGUUGGCGCUGGCUGCGUCAUCUUCCUGCUCAUCAUCAUCUUCCUGACGGUUCUGCUGUUAAAGCUGCGCAAGCGACACCGCAAACACACACAGCAGCGGGCACCUGCCCUCUCACUCAGUACCCUGGCCAGUCCCAAGGGGGGCAGUGGCACGGCGGGCACCGAGCCCAGCGACAUCAUCAUCCCCUUACGGACUACAGAAAACAACUACUGCCCCCACUAUGAGAAGGUGAGUGGGGACUACGGGCACCCCGUCUACAUCGUCCAGGAGAUGCCACCCCAGAGCCCAGCGAACAUCUACUACAAGGUCUGAGAGCCCGGCACGGCCUCGGGCCCUGAGGGACUGUCGGAGGGGACUGCACCUCUCCUUUCUCUCCAUGCCCUUCCCCUUGCCAGCUGUGCCCACCUUUGUAUUUAGUUUUGUAGUUUCUUGGCUUUUAUAAUCCCCCUUUGCCCUGCCCCUAGGCUUUGGAGGGGGUACUCAUGCCCCCAGACCCCAUGCUCUUGUGCCUUCCCCCUCUGGCCAGGCCUCUGGGCUCUGUGGGGGCACCCCUUCGAAGAGGGCAGGGUUGGAUGCUAAUGGACAGUAAGCAGGGAGAUGCCCCCCCUGGCCCUGCCCUCCUCACUCCCUUUUCCCCUUCCCAGGACUGUUUGUCUGCUAUCAUCACUGUUUUUAAUGUUUUUGUUUUCAUUUUUUAGCUGUCAACUCCUUUUCAUCUGUUUUUUUUUUUUUUUUUGGAAGAAAAAUGGAAAAGGCAGCCCCUGCCCAGGCUUUCUGAGCCCAGCUCAGCUAGUACAAGGGUCCAGGGCCAGGGCCAGGAUGUGGCCAGCCUGGAAGCAAAGGAUGGCCUAUCUGUUAUUUGGGGUUUGGGGAGGCCAGCACUGUUCUUGCCCACGAGGGAAGAUGACAGUGCCUUUGGGCAAGGUGUCUCACCCUCCCCUCCUGACCCUUCUGCUACAAAGCUGAUCUUGGCAAUAGGGUAGUGGCUGCCACCCUUUCACACACACACACACACACACACACAAAAAAAAAAUCCCUUCCUUGUGGGAUUCUUGGGCAUCUCCUGCUUCCCUCACUCUCACGGUAAUUAACGUCUUAAUUGGCUGUUGCCUGGGGAACAGGAGAGCUGCUACAGGCAGAUGACCUCAUGGGGGGUGGAGGGAGGUGAGGUGCCCAGGUGGCUAUUUGCCCUGCAGAGAUGGGAGUUCUACCUACUCCCCCUCCCCCUCCUGUUCUCUCCUUACAUUUGGCCCCCUUUGGCCUGGUGGGAGACAGAGGCCCAGGGCAAAGACCUAAGCGGGUAUAAGGCCAGGUGGCCUGCUCCUUUUCUGGGCUCUAGCACAGGUGGGUUUCCCCCAAGCCAGCUCUCACUGGCCCCCUAAUCUUGGGCUGUGGCCUGGAAAGAGGAAGAAGCUGCCCAGGGUUGGGCCAGCACGCCGUGCACUUUGACCCUGGCUCCUUGCCAGCACGGCUGUUAACAGACUGCCACUUGAGUGUGCCUUGCAGGCGCUCCCAGAGUGGCCGUGGAAGGAGCUGGGCCUUACACCAUCCACCUUCAUGCUGCCUCCUGGCCAGUUGCCUACCCUAGUGCCAGGUGGGAGAGAGGGAGCGGAACAGCCAGCCCCUUCCAGGUGGCAGUCGGAAGGCGUUUUGUUUUUGUUUCUGUUGCCAUUUGUGUAAAUACUAGUCUUUUUUGGAAAAAAAAAUAAUGUAAAGAUGUUUUGUAUAAACUCUGAAUUAUUU